CCAGCAGUACAAUGGCUGUUGUGUUGCCUAGUUUUUCUUCUAUGGCAAUAAGCAAUGAAGGCUCACAUAGCACCAGCUGUGGCAGAUCAAGGGCCCAGCCAGCUGCUUUCAAAAGAGCCAUUCUCCUCCCUGUCAGUGGUAGAUUAAUAGAUUUAUCAUGACCUGUGGUUCCCUGUCAGAACUAGAGGUGAGCACAGGAGCUGGUCACCACGCAGGGCUGGGACGCUCUCCCCUGGCUCUGCAGUGCCAGGCUGCUCUGAAAAGGGCAGAUCCGAAUCACAGCUGGAAAUUAGAAUAAGCAGAAUAUGCAUUUGGGGAAUAUUCCGAUCUCAGCUUUGCUCUGGGGCCAACUCUCAGAGCGAGAGGUGUGGCUGGGGGACAGGCUUCACCAUGUUUGGCUGUCACGAGCCUCUCCUGUCUACGAUGCCUUUCGGCAAAGCAUGGACUGCACGGAGGGACCAGGGGUUUUGCAGGGGACGGCAGCCCUAGAGCAGCUCUGUCCCUGUGGAGACAGCACGUGCCUUGCCUGCAAUGAGUUUUUCCAUGCUGAGGAGGUGCUUGGCUUACUGGUGUGGGCUCUUAUUGCUGACACAACAUACCACCUCCAUCCGGCAUACAGCUGGGUGAUGUUUGUAGCCAUCUUUUUCUGGAUAACAACAGUGAUUUUCUUCGUGAUAUAUCUCCUGCAACUUCACUUGAAAUUCUAUGUGAUCCCCUGGCCCCUUGUGCUAGUGAUCUUCAAUGCUACGGCAACCGUUCUAUAUAUCACCGCCUUUGUAACAUGCUCUGCGGCUGUCCAGCCUACAUCAUGGCGCCAGUGGGAUUACAACAGAAGAGCUGCAGCAUCUUUCUUUGCCUGCCUUGUGAUGAUUGCCUAUGGGGCAAGCACCUUCUUCAGCUUCCGUGCCUGGAAAGGACUUGGCAGCAAUGCUGCCACCAGUCAAGUAACUAACCACGCCUAAGGAGCAGAAAAUGAAACACAAACCGGGACCCUUUUAAGCCAGUUUACAAUAAGGCAGGAGUAAGAGGGCUCAGUGGAUUUACAAUGGGUUAUGGAGCCUCUUACAACACUAGGUCUCUUAUUCAAAUCAGCCUAUGUGGGUAGUGACAGUCAUUACGGGCCCAUGUGCCAGCAGUGGUGUGGAAGCUGUUCUGUGGUCUCUAAUGACGCUUCCAGUUGAUGUGUCCACAACACAAACCCACCACAACCAGUGCUGCCACUGGAAGCCUCAGCAGGAGACCAAGGAUUGACUGGAGACUGAAAUUCCUGCUUGUCCUUGAGAGUCAUUCUUCCUCUCACACAUCCUAAAGGAACCACAUCCUUGCUAGAGCCGCUCAGCUGAGAGGACUUAAUUCAGCACAUAUCAUCAACACUAAAAUUCACUAAAACCAAACCCAAGUUCCUGUCUCUGGUCAUUAACAGCUACAGUGUAAAAAACUGCAGUUAACUUGAUAUGUAAAUGGUGGCAGAGCUGGAGGGUGAAGGCUAAGCAAAACAAGAAGUCUAAACUGUUAAUGUAUUGAUUUCUAAAAAAAUCGAAGCACUUUAUGUUUUAAAUAAAGAUCUUUCAAAAUCCAA